AUGCCCCCGGGAUGCUUGUUUUGUGAUAAUUGUGGCACUUAUGAUCAUGAUACCUCCCAAUGUGUAUAUUCUUGUGAAACUCAACCCCUUCUCCAAGAACAUGUUGAUAAUGUGGAGAAUGUCAAUGCUAUGAAUUUUACCCCACUCAUGGGGAAUAUGGGGAACAUGAGGCCAAACCCCAAUCUAAUGGGGAAUUGGAAUCAAAAUUGGAACCGUGGUUGGAACCAAGGUGGUGGUGGUUAUGAUAGCCAAUACCAUGGUGGGGGAGACCCUUCCAAUCCCAAUGGAAGAGGCUACCCUAACCAAAGCGGUUAUGGUAAUCAAAAUCAACAACACAACUCCAGUUACUAUGACCAUCAAAACCAAGGUUUUGGUGAUCAAAGUAAUAUGGGGAAUAAUCAACAAAUAAAUGUUUCCAACCAAGGUACUGGAGGCAAUAGGGCUCAAUAUACUUCUCAUUAUGCCCAAACUAAUAGGCCUCGGGGUUUCCAUCAACCCUAA